AUGCGACGAUGGUUUUCCAAAUGGGGUUCAACUUCUCUGGCUAGCACAUCGCGGGUAACAUCACUCACUCCAGCCUCCUCCGGAUCGACAUCCGUGGAGCAGGUUGACGAUUCACCGAUUCCUUCACCACCAGCACCGUUCAUCAUCUCGAAAUCGGAUGCCCACUGGAACGUCGAUUUCGCAUCUGAUCCUUGCUCAUGGGAAAGCUGUUUCGAUACACAUUGGGCAGCAGUCGAGAAGUUGCUGGAAAAUGACGAGGAAGUUAAUUACGAAAAAGUAUUAACUGUAUUCAAACACUUAAGUUGCACAGUGCAAUUGUUGAUGAUGGAAGUAAAUGCCCAGCCGGAAUCUGCUAUUGGCCCUAUAUUGGAUCGUCAUUUUACUCACCAAAUUAUGGAACGAGUAGUUGACUGGGGGAUUGCAGCUCCACAUUUUUUGGCACCAACAUGUCAGGUUAAUCUGAUUCGUCUUUAUGAAAUCGUUGUUGGAGAAAGUCAUACACAGAACCACUGCUUGUUGGUGCACAAGCCGAUGUUACUUCCGUUGCUGAAAUUACUGGAUUGGUGUAGGAAGUGUGCAGAAAAAAGGAAUUUUACUCCAUCUAAUACAGACAAACAUUUCGUUUUACUUUUAAAUCAGAUCUGCACAAAAUUGGCAGAAGAUGCGACGUUGUUGCAUUUCUUUUUCGAUUUUGACGAUGAUUGUGAUGAGCAGUUUUUGGUGUUCAGAUUGCUGACUCCAUAUCUUUAUGAUUUCAGUGAAGUUGGACAAUUAGCACGUGAUGCAUUACUUUUGGUACUUUCUGUUUCACGGCGGCUGAAACGCAUUGCUGCUUUUAUCGCUGUAAAGUCAAACUUUUGUCCAGUUGUUGCAACGGGUCUUUCGGGUUGCUUUUCGCAAUUAUCACGCUCAAUUGGUUCAAUAUUAUAUGUAAGCGAUGACUGGCAUAAGAUAAAUGCCGAUGACAUCGAUUCUUAUUCCAGCUUAUUGGAUUUCCAUUCGUCAUUGAUUUUCUGUAAUGCUGUUAUACAGGUUGCUCAUGACUACGUUGUAUCACAAGUCAUUACCUACGUUUAUCACGGGUUUUUGCUUCCUGUCGUUCUACCUUCAUUGCUGCAGGGUGGGCAGGAUGAGCUUAUCUCAUCGACAGCUUACUAUCAUCUUUGUUUGGAUAGCGUCACCGAAACGGCGCUUAUACAAACAAUAGUCAAAUUACUUCUUGUUGAAAACUGUGAGGGUAACAAAAAAGUGCUUGAUGUUAUCGUGGAAAGGAUAUCUGCUGGAAAUAGGCUUAGCCAAGUUAGUUUAUCGUUGGUGAGAACGUUGAUUGAUUUACGAUGCGAAGACAUCAUGUUCGAUCUUGUUUUCAAAUAUCUUCUGCCUUGCACGUUUUUACGACCUAACCAAACGCUUCAUUUAAAAAAUCAAAAGUAUGUAAGGACAGCUGCUCAAACUUUGCUGACGUUUAUUCCUGAAUGUACAUAUAAAUCUUCAGCACUAUGCUCCCAGGAAACUCUUCAUAUUUAUCUUACUGAAUGUCGAAAUUAUGUGCAACAAACGACAGAUGCCUGCUGUGAAAAAUGGGUUUGGAGUUACGAUGGUCGCAGUCCUUCGCUUCUUAUGCCGAAGUUGAGUUCAGACGAUGAAAGCACCACUAAUUGUAAUGGAACAUUUGUUCGACAUUCUUCAGUACGUUCAUCAAUGGCUUCAGCGCGAAAUGGUUUGAAUCGGUAUUUCGUAAGCCGAAAUGCUCAUAUUACCGCUGAAAGUUUACGUCAGCAUACCCCACUACCAGAGCUGGGAGGACAAGAAUCGUCAUCAAGAAGCAGCUUUCCAUACGAUAUUGCAGAUUCUUCACUAGUUCUGGACGAUGAAGACGAUGAACUGAUUAUACCACCUCUAACACCCAAAUCGCUUAUGAUGACUUCAUCGAGUGAUUAUUUUCAAUUUGCAUAUGGAGAAUUAUCGGAAACUGACACAGAAGCGAUCAAUCUCAAUACUGGCAGCAUGAGUGAAGCUCCACUACAAACAGUUUCAGACAAAGGAAGUUUGGCAAACACGAAUGCAAAUUGUGAUACUGACGUUGAAAUGGCACGAUCAUUCGUUUUAAGAGGUUGGGGGAAGGUUAAGGAUAUGGACACUUUCAUGGCAUUAAUGGAUAGAGUGCCAACUUCGAAAGUAAAGCAUUCCUUGGAAGAAAAUUUGGCUUUAAUUGAUUCACGAAUUCAGUAUCUUGAGGAGUUGAAAGCUGAAACUAAGCCAUCAGAAUCGGAAAAUGAUGAAUUUAAAAAUGAUACAAAUAAUAAUGAUGAUGAGUAUCUUGCUCCAUUAGGGCAGCCGAUCGAAUGUUUUGAUAAUCAAGGUGUUGGACCUUUUUUGGAAUCUGUGCUACAUUCCUUGGAGAAUAUGCUGGAUAAUUCGUUAUAUGUAACACUACAAACAACAUCGGUGUUGGCGGCACUUGCGUCAUAUCCUCAUCCACUUAUUGCUCAUUAUCUAUUUGAUCAACACAUGCUUUUGCAACCUAAUGUGAAAAAUUUUUUUAAGGUUAUGGAUUCACUAAAGACCCGAAUUGAUGCAUACGCGUCAUCACUUGAUGGUUUUGAUGUUUUGCUAGAGCGGGGGAUCAAAUUUCUACGGUCAAGAGCUGAUCGUUAUGAGAAAGCUAUGGAAAAUAGUCGGCAGUAUGCGUUGCAUUUGCGAUCUUCGGGUGAUUCGUUUUCACGGAAUGGCAAUAUAGGAAGAGCAAAUUCAUCAAGAAAUUUAUUAAAUCGAUUCAGACCUUUCAGCAGUAAACGCCUCUAUCCUACUAACGGUUCUGCUCACCCACAUGAAUUUCGUGUUUAUACACACAAAGCAAUGGAAAGUCAUGAUGUAACACUAGACCAUGCUCGAGCAAAGCAAUUUGUUUUCGCGGCUAUCAUACUGUCGCAGUUUUGUCAGGAAUUAGCUGCUACAGUAUUACAACAUUCCACCGUUGUUCCGCGGCCAAAAGCUCGGCCGGCAAAAGAUUGUCUAGGCGGGAGGUCAACAUUGCCGGUACAGAAUGCUGAUUGUUGA